UUCACAUUCGAACCAACCACCAAAUAUUUCGAGUAUGUGGAAAGAAUUUCUAAUUGUUACCCUCUUCCUCGCUAAAGGUAACGCCAAAGAAUGUGCGCCUUAUAUCGUUGACAAUGAUGUAGUCGCAUGUAUUUGCAACGCAACAUACUGCGAUACAUUCGAUCAUGUUCCGAAGAGCAUAGAACCAGGAACUUUUUAUUGGUAUGUGACAAAUAAGGAAGGUCUCAGAAUGAAAAUGUCACAGGGGAAGAUUGGCAACGAUCUCGAGUCUCCCUCAAAUGUAACUUUAACCAUAAACAGAACAGAGCAAUAUCAAAAGAUGCUUGGAUUCGGAGGAGCCUUUUCCGAUUCUACUGGCAUAAACAUAAGAAGCCUCAGCCCUGCAACGCAAGACCAACUAAUUCGGACAUAUUACUCGCCAGAGACAGGAAGUAAAUACACAAUCGGUCGUAUACCCAUCGGUGGUACAGACUUUUCAACGAGACUUUACUCGUACGACGACCACGUAAACGACUCUUCGCUAAUAUACUUCUCGCUCGCGCCAGAAGAUUAUCAAUACAAAAUACCAUUUGCGAGGAAGGCAUUAGAACUGAAUUCUGACCUUAAAUUCUUCGCUAGCGCGUGGUCCGCUCCAGGAUGGAUGAAAACUAACGGGAUCAUGGACGGAUAUGGUUUCUUGGAGGAAAAAUAUUAUCAAACCUAUGCAAAUUACUUGGCCUUAUUUGUGGAUGAAUACAAAAAGAAUGGUAUCGACAUGUGGGCUGUUACGACGGGUAACGAACCAACGAUAGACUUGCAAGUGAACGUUUCAAACGUUAUUACUAUGGGAUGGACACCAGAUACUAUGGCUGAGUGGGUCGCCAAUUACAUGGGCCCAACUUUGGCGAACAAAGGCACGGUAGUCUUAGCCCUCGAUGACGACAGGGAACUACUGCCUUGGUACGUCGAGCCACUAUUUAGAAAUAAAAAAGCGUCCAAGUAUACUGUAGGAACUGCUGUACAUUGGUACUUUGAAAACGAAGCAUCUAUAACUACAUUGGACAAGACCCACGAAGAAUUCCCAGAUAAAAUACUGCUCUUGACUGAAGCAUCCAUAAUAGAGCCAAUAUGGGGAACUCCAAAUUUUACCGAAAAAGCGUGGGCUCACGGAGAAAAAUAUUUUAAAGAAAUAAUGAAGUACGUGAAUCAUUGGUCGGUCGGAUUUGUGGACUGGAAUUUGGCUCUUAACGAAGAGGGUGGUCCGAGCUGGGUAAAAAACUAUCUCGAUGCAGGCAUUAUUGUGAAUCCAGAGAAGGAUGAAUUUUAUAAACUACCCAUAUUCUAUGCUAUGGCACACUUCAGUAGAUUCGUCGAUAGAGGCUCUGCUAGAAUUUCUAUCGCCGGUAACAAGACGAUUAAAUCUACAGCCUUUAUAACACCAUCGGAGGAAACUGUCGUUAUAUUAUACAACAGCAAUAAUUUCUCAACUUCCGUAACCCUUGCGGAUGAGCAAAUGCUGCAGUUAGAGUUAUCUCCAUACUCCAUGAACACCAUAAUCUAUAAAUAAAAGAUACGUUUUCAAGACAAGUUGGAAAAUAACUUUACUC